GCUCAGCAAAAUUCGGAGUACCAGGUGAGAAAGGGGUUGCGAGAUUCGUCAGAUCCCAUAGCAAUAACUGAGCACUACCAGCUGACAUUGCCCAUCGGAAGUCAGACGAAUAGUCCACUGACAGUACGUGGCCUUGAUGGUCACGACGAGAGGAUACAACAGACAGCGAUGAAUCAUUCACUAAUUUCUGAGCAUCUAGAAAGACAACGGUGCCAUUUUCAGUUCCGCCAAAAAUAAGUCCCAGAGGAUGCGACUCUGAUGUCAGAGGCGCCCAUGACAGCUCGUUAAACCUGUAUUCACAUGAUACCGACUGCGUAG